AUGCCAGCUUCUCUAAGAAAACUGCAGCAAAUGGCUGUUUUCAUGGGACUGUUCAGCGGCGGGGGAUGCAUCGUGAUGUACAAUCUUAUGCAAAAGAGUUUUGCCAGAACCCAGUAUUAUCAGCAGGCUUUGGAGCAACUGAACAGCAAUCCCGAUGCCCUGGAAGCCCUGGGCGCUCCCCCACUUAAGGUUCACAACAUCCGACUGACAGAUGGGAGUAACCGUGUGGACACAGAAAGAGCACAGAUAAAGUUACCAGUAUCUGGAACAAAAUCAGCGGGGUACCUCUAUAUUAACUCAGAGAUGGACCACUCCCGUCAAUGCUGGUGCCUUCAGGAUGUCACCUUGAAACUGCGGGAUGGUCAGAAUAUUCCAGUUUACCACUCGCCAGUGGAAAGCAUCAGUGUGCAAGAAGGCUAA